GGGAAGGCGGAGGGGGCGUGGUCUGGUGAGGCGGAGGGGGCGUGGCCUGACGAGGCGGCGCGGCCCGGGCGCUGCGCGGCGCCGGGCCCGGUUCUGGCCCGGUUCUACCGCGGUUCUGGCCCGGUUUUAUCCCGGUUCCGGCCCCGGCGGAGCCCCCGCGAGCCCGGCAGGUGCGGCCAUGGCGGGCGCGGCGCCCCCCGCAGGCGCCCCCGAGCACCCCUUCACCUGCCGGGAGUGCGGCAAAUCCUUCCGCUGGUCCUCGCGCCUGGCGCAUCACCUGCGCAGCCACACAGGUGAGCGCCCCUACAAGUGCCCCGAGUGCCCCAAGGCCUUCAAGGGCUCCUCCGCCCUCCUCUACCACCUGCGGGGCCACACAGGUGAGCGUCCCUACGCCUGUGCCACCUGCAGCAAGAGCUUCAAGCGCUCCUCGCUGCUGCAGGCGCACCUGCGCGUGCACACGGGGCUGCGCGCCUUCAGGUGCGCCCAGUGCGGCCUCACCUUCAAGUGGGCGUCGCACUACCAGUACCACCUGCGGCAGCACUCAGGUGAGCGGCCGUACCGCUGCCCCGCCUGCCCCAAGGCCUUCAAGAACUCCUCCAGCCUGCGGCGCCACCGCCACACCCACACAGGUGAGCGCCCGCACACCUGCGGCACCUGCGGCAAGGGCUUCGCGCAGGCGGCCAACCUGCGGCAGCACCUGCGGGUGCACACAGGUGAGCGGCCGUACGCCUGCGGUACCUGCGGCAAGGGCUUCACGCACUCCUCCAACCUGCACCUGCACCUGCGCACGCACGGCCCCGCCCCGCCCUGCCCCGCCUGCGCCGCGCCCGCGGCCUCGCGCACCUGCCCGCGCCGACACCUGCCGGGCCCCGCCCCGCCCGCCGCCGCCGCCUCACCUGAGCCGCUCUGGCGGCCAACGGGGCUCACCUGCGCCCAGCAAGAGGCGCCGCCGGCCCCGCCCCACCGCUGCCUCACCUGCGGCGAGAGCUUCGACAGCACCUCGGGGCUGGCGCGGCACCUGCCCGGCCACGAGCGGCCCAGGUGCGCCACCAGAGCCCCGCCUCACCUGGCCGCGCCCCCGCCAGGUGAGCCCGCGCCGCCGGCCCCGCCCGAGCGGCCGUACAGGUGCGGCGAGUGCGGCAAAGCCUUCAAGGGCUCCUCGGGGCUGCGCUACCACCUGCGCGACCACACAGGUGAGCGGCCCUACGCCUGCGGCACCUGCGGCAAGAGCUUCAAGCGCUCCUCGCUGCUGCAGGCGCACCUGCGCGUGCACACGGGGCUGCGCGCCUUCAGGUGCGCCCAGUGCGGCCUCACCUUCAAGUGGGCGUCGCACUACCAGUACCACCUGCGGCAGCACUCAGGUGAGCGGCCGUACCGCUGCCCCGCCUGCCCCAAGGCCUUCAAGAACUCCUCCAGCCUGCGGCGCCACCGCCACACCCACACAGGUGAGCGCCCGCACACCUGCGGCACCUGCGGCAAGGGCUUCGCGCAGGCGGCCAACCUGCGGCAGCACCUGCGGGUGCACACAGGUGAGCGGCCGUACGCCUGCGGUACCUGCGGGAAGAGCUUCACGCACUCCUCCAACCUGCACCUGCACCUGCGCACGCACUCGGCGGCGCGGCCCUUCCGCUGCCCCACCUGCGCCAAGGCCUUCGCCGCCGCCGCCUACCUGCAGCGGCACCUGCGCACCCACGGCGCCGCCCCGCGCGCCGCACCUGCGCCGCCGCCCCCACCUGCGGUGUACCUGGUGCUGGGCCCCGCCCCCAGCAAGGUGCUGCUGCUGCCCGCCACGCCCGGCCCCGCCCGGCCGCACCUGGCGCAGGUGGGGCAGCGCGGCUGGAGGGGGCUGCUGCUCAUACCUGGCGGCGGGACGGAGGCGGCUGAGGUGACAGGUGUGACAGGGGUUACAGGUGUGACAGGGGUGACAGGUGUGACAGGGGUUACAGGUGUGACAACAGGGCUUACAGGUGUGACAGGGGUUACAGGGGUUACAGGUGUGACAGGGGUUACAGGUGUGACAGGGGUUACAGCUAUAACAGGAGUAGGUGUGACAGGGGUUACAGGUGUGACAGGUGUGACAGGGGUUACAGGUGUGACAGGGGUUACAGGUGUGGCAGGUGUGACAGAUGUGACAGGGGUUACAGGUGUGACAGCAGUUCCAGGGGUGACAGGUGUGACAGGCAUAACAGGAGUAGGUGUGACAGGGCUUACAGGUGUGACAGGUGUGACAGGGGUUCCAGGUGUGGCAGGUGUGACAGGGGUUACAGGUGUGACAAGUGUGACAGGAGUAGGUCUGACAGGGGUGACAGGUGUGGCGGGUGCGACAGGUGUGACAGGGGUUCCAGGUAUGACAGGUAUGACAGGAGUAGGUGUGACAGGGCUUACAGGUGUGCCAGCUGGAGGUGUGACAGGUGUGACCGCUGGAGGUGUCACAGGUACAACCGGUGUGACAGGGGUUACAGGUGUGACAGGCGGAGGUCUCACAGGUGUACCUGUCACAGGUGUGACAGGUGUGACAGGUGUGACAGGUAUCACAGGUGUCACAGGUGUGCCAGCUGGAGGUGUGACAGGUGUGACCGCUGGAGGUGUCACAGGUACAACCACUGUGACAGGGCUUACAGGUGUGACAGGUGUAGGUCUCACAGGUAUCACAGGUCUCACAGGUGUACCUGUCACAGGUGUACCUGUCACAGGUGUGACAGGUGGCACAAGUGGAGGUGUCACAGGUGUCCAGCUCCAGGUACUGCCCGUGGCCCCAGAGGUCACCAAUGUCCAGCUGCAGGGCCAGGAGGUGACAGGUGGGACAGGUGGGACAGGUGUAGGUGUCACAGGUGGGACAGGUGUGACAGGUUUAGGUGGGACAGGUGUCACAGGUGUCACAGGUAUGACAGGUGUAGGUGGGACAGGUGUGGUGGGUUUAGGUGGGACAGGUGUCACAGGUAUGAUGGGUUUAGGUGGGACAGGUUUAGGUGUGACAGGUGUCACAGGUGUCACAGGUGUCACAGGUUUAGGUGGGACAGGUGUGAUGGGUUUAGGUGGGAAAGGUUUAGGUGGGACAGGUGUCACAGGUGGGACAGGUUUAGGUGGGACAGGUGUGAUGGGUUUAGGUGGGACAGGUGUGACAGGUGUCACAGGUGUGACAGGUGUAGGUGUGACAGGGGUGCAGCUCCAUGUGCUCCCGGUGCCCUCAGAGGUGACCAACGUCCAUCUCCAGCCACCUGAGCUCACCAGCGUCCAGCUCCAGGUGCUGCCACCGCCCCCAGGUGCCACCAACCUCCAGCUCCAGGUGCUGCCACCAUCCCCAGGUGCCACCAACCUCCAGCUCCAGGUGCUGCCACCAUCCCCAGGUGCCACCAACCUCCAGCUCCAGGUGCUGCCACCGCCCCCAGGUGCCACCAACCUCCAGCUCCAGGUGCUGCCACCGCCCCCAGGUGCCACCAACCUCCAGCUCCAGGUGUUGGCCGGACCACCUGAGAUGACCAACGUCCAUCUCCAGCCAGGUGAGGUCGCCACUGUCCAGCUCCAGGUGUUGCCACCACCUCCAGGUGCCACCAACCUCCAGCUCCAGCCAGGUGAGGUCACCAACGUCCAGCUCCAGGUGUUGCCACCACCUUCAGCUGGCGCAGGUGUCCAGCUCCAGGCCACCGAGGUGACCGAUGUCCACCUGGGAACCUCAGAGGUGUCUGAUAUCCACCUGGGGACCUCAGAACUGCCCAAUGUCCACCUGGAACCCACAGAGAUGACCGAUGUCCACUUGGAGCCCACCAAGGUGACCAGUGUCCACCUGGAACCCACCCAGAUGACUGAUGUCCAUCUGCAGACCUCAGAGGUGACCGAUGUCCACUUGGAGCCCACCGAGGUGACCAGUGUCCAUCUGGAGACCUCAGAGGUGACCAGUGUCCACCUGGAGCCCACGGAGAUGACCGAUGUCCAUCUGGAGACCUCAGAACUGCCCAGUGUCCACCUGGAGCCCACCGAGGUGACCGAUGUCCACCUGGGGACCUCAGAGGUGACCAAUGUCCACUUGGAGCCCACGGAGAUGACCAAUGUCCAUUUGGAGACCUCAGAAGUGACCGAUGUCCACUUGGAGCCCACCAAGGUGACCAAUGUCCACCUCGGAACCUCAGAACUGCCCAGUGUCCACCUGGAGACCUCAGAACUGCCCAGUGUCCACCUGGAGUCCACGGAGAUGACCAAUGUCCACCUGGAGACCUCAGAGGUGACCGAUGCCCACCUGGAACCCACCGAGGUGACCAGUGUCCACCUGGAGCCCAUGGAGAUGACCGAUGUCCACCUGGAGACCACAGAGGUGACCGAUGUCCAUCUGGAGACCACUGAGGUGACUGAUGUCCACCUGGAGCCCACCCAGAUAACUGAUGUCCAUCUGGGGACCUCAGAGGUGACCGAUGUCCACCUGGAGACCUCAGAACUGCCCAGUGUCCACCUGGAGACCACGGAGAUGACCAAUGUCCACCUGGAGCCCACAGAGAUGACCAGUGUCCACCUGGAGACCUCAGAGAUGACCGAUGUCCACCUGGAACCCGCAGAGAUGAGCAGUGUCCACCUGGAGACCACUGAGGUGACCGAUGUCCAUCUGGAGACCACUGAGGUGACUGAUGUCCACCUGGAGCCCACCCAGAUAACUGAUGUCCAUCUGGGGACCUCAGAGGUGACCGAUGUCCACCUGGAGACCUCAGAACUGCCCAGUGUCCACCUGGAGCCCACCAAGAUGACCGAUGUCCACCUGGAGCCCACGGAGAUGACCAAUGUCCACCUGGAGACCUCAGAGGUGACCGAUGUCCACCUGGAACCCGCAGAGAUGAGCAGUGUCCACCUGGAGACCUCAGACGUGACCGAUGUCCACCUGGAAACCUCAGAGGUGACCGAUGUCCACUUGGAGCCCACCGAGAUGACCGAUGUCCAUAUGGAGACCUCAGAGGUGACCGAUGUCCAUCUGGAGCCCACAGAGAUGACCGAUGUCCACCUGGGAACCUCAGAACUGCCCAGUGUCCACUUGGAGCCCACGGAGAUGACCAAUGUCCACCUGGAGACCUCAGACGUGACCGAUGUCCACCUGGAAACCUCAGAGGUGACCGAUGUCCACCUGGAAACCUCAGAGAUGACCGAUGUCCACCUGGAGCCCACCGAGGUGACCGAUGUCCACUUGGAGCCCACCGAGGUGACCAGUGUCCAUCUGGAGACCUCAGAGGUGACCAGUGUCCACCUGGAGCCCACGGAGAUGACCGAUGUCCAUCUGGAGACCUCAGAACUGCCCAGUGUCCACCUGGAGCCCACCGAGGUGACCGAUGUCCACCUGGGGACCUCAGAGGUGACCAAUGUCCACUUGGAGCCCACGGAGAUGACCAAUGUCCAUUUGGAGACCUCAGAAGUGACCGAUGUCCACUUGGAGCCCACCAAGGUGACCAAUGUCCACCUCGGAACCUCAGAACUGCCCAGUGUCCACCUGGAGACCUCAGAACUGCCCAGUGUCCACCUGGAGUCCACGGAGAUGACCAAUGUCCACCUGGAGACCUCAGAGGUGACCGAUGCCCACCUGGAACUCACCGAGGUGACCAGUGUCCACCUGGAGCCCAUGGAGAUGACCGAUGUCCACCUGGAGACCACAGAGGUGACCGAUGUCCAUCUGGAGACCACUGAGGUGACUGAUGUCCACCUGGAGCCCACCCAGAUAACUGAUGUCCAUCUGGGGACCUCAGAGGUGACCGAUGUCCACCUGGAGACCUCAGAACUGCCCAGUGUCCACCUGGAGACCACGGAGAUGACCAAUGUCCACCUGGAGCCCACAGAGAUGACCAGUGUCCACCUGGAGACCUCAGAGAUGACCGAUGUCCACCUGGAACCCGCAGAGAUGAGCAGUGUCCACCUGGAGACCACUGAGGUGACCGAUGUCCAUCUGGAGACCACUGAGGUGACUGAUGUCCACCUGGAGCCCACCCAGAUAACUGAUGUCCAUCUGGGGACCUCAGAGGUGACCGAUGUCCACCUGGAGACCUCAGAACUGCCCAGUGUCCACCUGGAGCCCACCAAGAUGACCGAUGUCCACCUGGAGCCCACGGAGAUGACCAAUGUCCACCUGGAGACCUCAGAGGUGACCGAUGUCCACCUGGAACCCGCAGAGAUGAGCAGUGUCCACCUGGAGACCUCAGACGUGACCGAUGUCCACCUGGAAACCUCAGAGGUGACCGAUGUCCACUUGGAGCCCACCGAGAUGACCGAUGUCCAUAUGGAGACCUCAGAGGUGACCGAUGUCCAUCUGGAGCCCACAGAGAUGACCGAUGUCCACCUGGGAACCUCAGAACUGCCCAGAAUCCACCUGGAGCCCACUGAGGUGACCGAUGUCCACCUGGAGCCCGUGGAGGAGGUGCCCAGUGUCCACCUGGAGACCUCAGAGGUGCCCUCUCACCACCUGGACACCUCGGAGGAGGUGCCCGAUGCUCACCUGGACACCUUGGCCAUGACCGGUGUCCACCUGGAGGUGCCUGGAGCCCACCUGGAACCCACCGAGGUGCACCUGGAACCCCCCUAGGAUGUGCCCGGUGCCCACCUGGAGACCCCAGAGGUGCCCAGUGCUCACCUGGAGAUGCCCAUUGCUCACCUGGGCACACCUUGGAGAUGACCCAUGUCCACCUGGGCAUGUCAGAGGUGCCCGGUGCCCACCUGGAGACCACACAGGUGCCUGAUGCCCACCUGGACACACCUUGGAGGUGCCCACCUCUCACCUGCACAGGUGCCCGGUGCCCACCUGGAGCCCCCCAGGGGAUCCCGUGCCCCGCCCUGUGCUCACCUGUGCCCGCAGGUGAGGGGUACCAGGGGGUACCUGAGGGGUACCUGAGCUCACCUGCCCAGGUGAGGGGUACCUGAGGGUACCUGGGGGGUGCCAGGGGGUACCUGAGCUCACCUGUGCCCGCAGGUGAGGGGUGCCAGGGAGUACCUGGGGGUACCUGAGCUCACCUGCCCAGGUGAGGGGUGCCAGGGGGUACCUGAGGGUACCUGGGGGGUGCCUGAGGGGUACCUGAGCUCACCUGCCCAGGUGAGGGGUGCCAGGGGGUACCUGAGGGGUACCUGAACUCACCUGUGCCCGCAGGUGAGGGGUGCCAGGGGGUACCUGGGGGGUACCUGAGGGGUACCUGAGCUCACCUGCCCAGGUGAGGGGUACCUGGGGGUACCUGGGGGGUGCCAGGGGGUACCUGAGGGUACCUGGGGGUACCUGAGCUCACCUGCCCAGGUGAGGCUGUUCCCGCGUCCCCGCCCGUGUCAAUAAAGGCGCCCCUCCCCCCCCC